GGAACGCGCUCGGGAAAUUAGGUUCCCAUCCCCUAUUUGAAAUAACUUCAGUCGACGUUCGGCCUUCGUACCGCGCGCACGGCUGUAUCGGUCUCGUGCAGAUUUCUCGAAAUUAAUCUGUCGUACCUAAAUAAGAUGUAUGUACGGGUGCGUCGUAAAAGUGAUUGUAGAUAUUAACUGUGUACGCUGACUAAGUGAUAGUCGUUACGUUUAGUUGUGAACCCGAAGUGACUAUUAUGUUCCCGAUUUACACUGAAGGCAUUUAAAUGGAUACCUGAUCUGGCGGUAUGCUGUUUUGGAGAUGCCGAGCCAACGAUCCGUGUGCCACGACAGGAGAUGAUAAAACUGACGAGAGUGUAAAAAAUGAUAACAUGACGAAAUAUGUUACAUAACGGACAUUUCCACAAAGCGCGGACUAAAAUAUGUGUUACGAGCAUGUGUCGUAAUGAUCCCAAAAAAUACUUGCACGAUAAAGGGAACAUCAAAUAUCCCGCGCAACAACAGAGCUGCUUUAAUUUAUAUUGUAUUCUAGUUGUGACGUUUUUGUCGAUGCAUUCCGUGAAUUCAAACACAACAAAUAUGAAUCGUCACGCUACAGACAGAAAUAACAAUAAAGAUUACAGUAUAAAUAAACAGAGCGAUCAGCCAACUGACGAUAAUUAUGACGAUCAUAACCCAGCACAUGUGAACGAAAACGUAGAUUAUACAAAGGUCAAUUUCGAUAACAGCCCUUAUUAUAACAAUGAACAUUUUCUACAUACAAAUAGCAAAUUUUACAAUACUGAGAACAAUGCUUAUAGCAAUUACGAUGACUAUAAGCAUUAUUACUUGAAUCCUACGAAUCCCGUUCCCAAGUCAAGUGUAAAGUUUAAAAUUAGCAGUAGAAUAGUUCAGACUAAAUAUGGAAAAUUACAGGGCAUAGUUUUGGCUAUGGAUGAACAUAGAUAUUUGAGUCCUCUUGAAGUAUUUUUAGGUGUCCCAUACGCAACGCCACCAGUUGGAUCAAACAGGUUCAGUCCGACAAGAACACCGUCGCCGUGGGAUGGAGUGAGAGUAUCUGAUAGGCCGGGUGCCGCUUGCCCACAGAAGCUACCAGAUCUUGAUGACGAAAGGACCAUAUUAGAGAAAAUGCCUAAAGGCAGACUAGAAUAUAUAAAAAGACUGAUGCCUUAUCUUAAGAAUCAAAGUGAAGAUUGCCUAUAUUUAAACAUAUUUGCACCGUUGCAAAUGGAUGAAACAAAAUUAGCACUGCCUGUAUUAGUCUACAUUCACGGUGAAAGCUACUCCUGGAGUUCCAGUAAUCCAUAUGAUGGUGCGGUCCUCGCGAGCUAUACAGAUCUCAUCGUUGUAACAUUAAACUUUAGAUUAGGCGUUUUAGGAUUUUUAAAUGCAAAUCCAGUACCGAACUCGAAGGCGCGAGUGGCUAAUUAUGGACUGAUGGAUCAGAUAGCGGCACUGCAUUGGGUGCAACAAAACAUAGCGUUAUUUGGAGGCGAUCCAACGAACAUAACAUUAAUGGGCCACGGGUCAGGGGCCGCAUGUAUAAACUUUCUUAUGAUAUCGCCCACUGUUAUGCCAGGUUUAUUUCAUCGGGCGAUAUUAUUGUCUGGGUCGGCUUUAAGUUCUUGGGCGAUAGUUGAUGAUCCAGUGUAUUAUACCUUGAAGUUAGCUAAGCACAUGAAUUGUACUAUACCGGAAGAUAUGUCCAAGGACCACGAAGUGAUAGUCGAUUGUUUAAGAGAAGCCACUAUCGAAGAAUUGUUAUCAAUAGACAUAUCACCUCCGAACUUUUUAACAGCUUUUGGACCAUCCGUCGAUGGAGUAGUUAUAAAGACAGAUUUCGCUAAAGACUUCCUUACCAUGUAUUCCACUGGAGAUUUUCCAUCGUUCGGUCCGCUCAAUAAUAUGAAUCAGAAUUUGAAUUCACAUAAAAAGAGAAGCGACAGCGGCAGAAGGCUGUUCCAGAAUAAAUACGAUUUACUUUUUGGUGUGGUGACAAGUGAAGCUUUGUGGAAAUUUUCGGCCCAUGACGUUCAAAAUGGAAUUGAGCCCGACAAAAGAGAUCGAAUGUUGAGAACAUACGUGCGGAACUCAUACAGCUACCAUUUGAGCGAGAUUUUCUACACGAUCGUCAACGAGUACACAGAUUGGGAAAGAACGAACCCCAUAAACACGAGAGAUGCGACUGUGGCUGCGUUGUCUGAUGCGCAAUACGUGGCUCCGUUGGUGCAAAGCGGGGACUUAUUGAGUGGCGGGCCUAAACCGACGCCUAAUGACGAGGAUGGACCAAGAAGGCAGACUAGAACAUAUUUUUACGUGUUCGACUAUCAGACUAAAGAUGGAUACUAUCCUCAAAGGAUGGGAGCCGUGCACGGCGAAGAGCUGCCUUACGUAUUCGGCGCACCACUAGUCGGCGGUUUCGGUCAUUUUCCACAGAACUAUACGAAAUCUGAAGUGUCCCUGUCUGAGUCCAUGAUGCUGUUUGUGGCGAACUUCGCUAGGACCGGGAAUCCCAAUGACAACAUACGCCAGGAAGUUGUCCUCCCAGCAUCGCGGGAGAGGAACAAGUUCCGCGGGGUCAACUGGGAAGAAUAUGAUUCUACACAUCAGAAAUAUCUGGAAAUUGGUAUGAAGCCUCGACUGAAGAAUCACUUCAGGGCGCACCAGCUAUCCGUGUGGCUCCGCUUAGUACCAGAACUACAUCGCGCAGGAAUGGAGGAUGUGGCGACGCGUCACAACCUCUUCAAAAACCACAACGAACAAGAUUUAUACGAGGGCAUCGUCAGACCGGAUCCACUCGCGAAGAAUUCCGAUAACGAGCAAGUGCGACGAACAAACGGAACUUACUCCGACACAGCACUCACUACCGUCGACACGAUAUUAGCUACGUGCGCCACCGUCCUACCCGGCCGGGAUCUGCAAACAGUAAACACAACGGAUAAUACCUUGGCCAAUUUGGAGGCGGCGGGAUACGCCGCAUAUUCAACGGCACUCAGCGUAACGAUAGCAAUCGGCUGCUCGUUGCUUAUACUGAAUGUGCUUAUAUUCGCGGGCGUAUACUAUCAGCGGGACAAAUCGAGGUCACGGGGCAAACAGCAGCGGUUCAACGAGAAACACUUCGAGACAAUUUCGGGGAAGCAUUCCCAUUACCAUAUGGAUCCGACUCACGCCCCGAGCUUGGUCGUAGACGUGGAGAGACAGAACAGGAAAAAACAUAUGAUGGGAUCCGAUGCUCACUUGUCCAAUUUGAAUUUCAAAGGGCCCUUGGACGUGCCGAAGUCGCCUCCCAGUCCGACGCUGAGUAUGGACAACAUGAUGCUUCCGGCUAAGUUAGGGAGUAGGAACAGCAGUUUCAGGAUACCCAAUGUGACGUACCCGCAAAUGGGGGGCUACGCGACUAUGCCUAAGAAUUUGAACAAGUUUAAUAACUCGCCGCCGUUGCAGGAAGCGAGGCAACAGAAAUUCCAGCCUCCGAACGGCUCGGCGGCGCAGAGCUCCCCGGGGAGAGAAGGGGAGAGGGGUCCUCACGCGACCCUCCGGCGAGGGAAGCCCACCCAUACCCCGAACCUCCCACAAGCCGCCAUUGACGAAAUGAGAGUGUGACAGUUAAUUCCAUAUGACUUUACAUUACAGGAUUAAAAAUCGUUUCUGCCUCUUUUAAAAGUGUAAUUCAUAUGUAACUUUUUUGGGUGCGUGCAGAUUGUAAAUAUUAAAUGUACUUAUGGACGCGUUGAGAUUUUUUAGGGAAAAUGUUACGAGUUUCUCAAUCACUGGAUGAUAAAAUAUGAUUAUCGAUUAAAAAAUUAUAAUGAA